UAUCUAAUUUGCGGUAACUUUCGAGUUGAACAAAAAUCAGCAACGAUAUAUGAAUGUACAGUACGGAAACUAUAAGUUUUUUGGUACUUAUCACAGAGAGUAUAGAAAGCAAUUGAAAUAUCAAUAAAAAAAAAAAAAUUUCCCAAUUCACGUUAUUUCACAUUUAUCUUUUUAGUAACUUUGUGAUUGCAAGUUUUUUGAAAUGUCCAGUAUGCUUUAAAUAUGUACCUCGAGCCAAAAAUUUAAAUACACAGUUACGAUUGCAGAUGGUCUUUUACAAUUUCUAACAUUGCAGAAGUAAUCUUUCAAUACAAAUAAAUAUGUAAAUAUGAUUAAUUAGCUUAAUGAUGUUCGACACAGUGGACGAUUGUUGACUACGGUAGUAAAGUCUCGGAAUCAAGAUGGCCGCAUUUUGGUCCAAGGAAGAGUGAGAUUAUUCGUUGGGUGCUUAAAAAGGAACAAUAGCCGUGUCUACGGGUGUGUAUGUGUGCGCGUGUGUGUGUGUGUGGUUUUUUUGAAUUAUAUUUGUUAUCCUAACCCGCAAAAUAAACAAAUCAAGCAGUUACAAGUUAUGGGCGAAUAGCGAAAACGGGAGUGAGGCGAAAUUACUGCCGCGAGAAGACGAAAAAAAUCGCAAAUCCCGCCCAUCUUCCAUUGCAGCUGACUUUUACACCAUCGCUAGCCCGGAGAUUUCACUCCUUUCAUUACGUUCCGUGCAGAUAAGGCACGUUUUUUUAAAUAUUCAUUUUCCAAUUAUUAACGUAUUACGACUUUUAGAAUAUUGUUAUUUUAUCAUUACGAAGGUGACUGAGUAUACAGCAGUACGGUUGUAUUUGGGCAACGUGGUUCGAUGCAAAAUCAACUAAGAGAGAACAAAUUCGUAUCAAACAUGAUGAUGGGUGGACCGGUGCGUCCGAUGCAACCGUCGAACAUGGUACCGCCUCAUCAAGCUCAACACAUGCAUGCUGCUGCUCAUAGAACCCCGCAACAAAUGCAGCAUCAACAAAUCUUGUCGAUGCAUCACAUGCAACAUUCCAUACCGCCUGGAAGUAAUCCACGGCAGCCUGUGUUAAUGAGCGUUAACGCUCAAAAUUCCAAUGGGAGUUACAUCUCGAAAAUAAGCGUCGUGUGCCUCUUACUGGUACUUCUAAGUGGUGUCGAUGCUAAAGAUCAUCAAGCGAUGUUUAACAUAAGUACUGACAUUUUGGAGCAAAUGCUUGGACCAAGCGGGUGCAUCGAAGGUAAAAUGGUAACGAUUGGUCUUAAUCGUCAAAUGGAACCAAAUGCACAAAUGGUAGCUCAUCCGAGUCAAAUGUUACAACAGCAACGAUAUCAGCAGCAAACACCGUUACAACAGCCUCAACAACAAAAGCAGCAGCACCAACAGCUGAACACGUCACAACAAACUAGUACGGAACAGAAGAAAGUAUCAUCGAAUCAGGAGGACAAUGAUGGUGUUGAUGAAAGGGACGAGAGUCCAUCGAGUCGUCCGUUGAAUCCAAAUCCGGCUAACGUAACGAGUGCAGUUUUGGCAAACAUGAAAGAAAAAACUCCGAUGUGUCUGGUUAAUGAACUCGCUAGGUUCAACAAAUUACAACAUCAAUAUAGACUCACGAAUGAACAGGGUCCAGCGCAUAAAAAAAGAUUCACCGUCACUCUGAAACUCGGCGAAGAAGAAUAUGUUGCUGAAGGACAAAGUAUUAAAAAAGCUCAACACAGCGCUGCCACCGAAGCUCUUACGACUACGUGGUACAGGCAUCCGCCACCAAAACCUACGAGGGCUAUGAGAGUCGGUCAUCUUGGGAAAGGGUCAUCGGCAACGGGAAACUUGCCGCCGACCGUUGAAUUGAAUUCUUUAGCUAUGAAACGUGGUGAACUUACGGUUUAUACAAUAAGAAAUGCACCACCGGCGACGCCGCAACCUUUUUUUCAACCUGGUUUCGGCAUAAGACCACCGCGUCUGUUUAAUCCGCACUUUCCCCAAUUUGCUCCUGGCUUUACACCAAAACGAGAGAAAUUAUAUCUCGUUACGCUCAAGGUGGGUGAUCGAGAAUUUAUCGGUCGAGGAGCAACGGGUCAAGCGGCUCGACACGAUGCAGCAAGUCGUGCUCUGGAGCAAUUGAAACAACUGCCAAUACCGGAGGAAUGCCCGAAUGCAGGUAACACUGGAAGCAGCGGUGGAGGCGGGGCCGGGACGGUCGGCUCAACGAGCGGAAGCGGUAAAACGAUCGUAGAGAACGGUGUUGGUACAUGCAGCACUACCGAAGAUCCGAGCGCGGAGAUAAAAAGUCCAGUAUCAUUGGUGCAUGAGACAGCGUUGAAGCGAGGUUUACCGGUAAGUUUCAAAGUCGUUUCGGAGACCGGAAAACCACAUAUCCGUACCUUCACGACGCAAUGUACGGUCGGCGAUAAGGAAACAAUUGGCGAGGGUUCCUCCAAGAAAGUAUCGAAAAAAAAUGCAGCGGAAUUAAUGCUCGAAGAGCUUAAAAGGUUGCCACCGUUGCCAACCACGGUAACCGUACGUUCAGCCGGCAUGAAACGUAAGCCUUCGAAUACGAAGAAACCUCGGCGAAAUCUGAUACGCGAUAAUCAAGGCCCACGUACGGAUUCCGAUAACACCGAAGAAGUUGAUCCCAUUUCCCGCCUCGUGCAGAUACAACAUUCGAAACGGGAGAGAGAACCAAUUUAUAGGCUCGUUGAAGAGAAAGGCGGGCCCCGAAGACGCGAAUUUCUCAUGGAAGUUACUAUAGGACAAUUUUCCGCACAAGGUAUUGGCUCGAAUAAAAAAUUGAGUAAAAAGGCUGCCGCGGAAGCACUCCUCGCUCAAUUAGGCUAUAGCAAACCAGCUCAGCCACAACCUACGAAACCUUCGAUAAAAUCUACCUCCAAAGACUCAAACAAUUCGGAAAAUCGAGGCAACGACGGAAAUUCUGGAAAAUUACGAAAAGUCACUUUUCUUGAAGAUGAACAAAUAAAUAAUAAAGAAAAUCAACAACAAACUAUCGUCGGCGGAGGUGGUGGACGGCAGUUGGCACCAGGACUAUUACUUGUCGAUCCUGCCGGGCAACAAGACUCUAAACUCUCCGGUAAUGGCGGUGGUAAUUCCGUUCGUGAUAAUUUACAAAACAAUCAGAACGGGCCUACGCUACAAGCUGUUGCUGAUGCACUCAGGGGUCAACAGAAUAAUCAACAAACUACCAAUGGCCUGUCGCCCAAGGAUCAGUUGAUGUAUCUUGCCCAACUUCUCAACUUUAAAGCUACUUUCGUCGAUUUCCCAAAGGCCUCGUACAAUCGCUGUCUCUCGUUGGUUUCCCUGAGUACGGAUCCACCCCAAGUAUGUCACGGCAGUGGAUCGACGGUGAAUGAAAGUCGUAAUCAGGCUGUGCUGACAGCACUCCGAACACUCGGAAAAUUGGGUCUCGACACGAGUGCCAAACCCGAGAAGGAAAUAUUGCCGGAUGAUGCGAUCGAGAUACACGAUCAAACAAAAAAAGUCGUUAUUAAUCAACCGAUCGACAAGUAAUAUUAUUCUUUUUUGACACACAUAAAAUUUGUCAUACGAGUAUUCGAAUAUGAGAUCCUCGUAACAUGGUCCUUGAAUUUUAUAUUUUAUUUUCUAUUGCAUCUUUCAAUUACGGAUUAAUUGACAAAUUUAUGUUUACUGCUGUGCGAUUAUGAAAAUUUACCACUAUCAUCUUAUUAUUUCGGUAAACCGAAAUUUCCCGUCUCCAUGCUGGACGAAAAAGCGACCUCCUGAAAUUAUCGCGUACUCUCAAUAGAACGAUUGCAACGCGAGAAAAAUGAAUUAUUUUAUAGUUUAGGAAAUUCAAUGUACCUACGUCGUAGUUCGCGAAUGUUCUGCGUUUUUGCUUGCAGUUUGAGUUAUACACUUUUUAUUUUUAUUUUUAUUUUUUCAUUCGUGAACGUAUAUACAUCAAGUUUAUAUGUUCAUGAAGCUUCAUUGGUAACAAAAAUUGCGAUGAAUCCCUUGCAAACCACGUGCGCGCGCAUUAUUAAUACGAAUACGAAUAUAUGACACUAGAUUUAAGCUAAAUUCAUUGAAGAAAUCAAUUUUUUGUUCCCAUUUUUCGUAUGUGUUUUCUCCAAUUGGAAAACACAUUUAUUUAUAUUCAAUUUGAUGAUAAUUCGUCAGUUUUAAUGAACGCGCGCCGUCUAUCGAUUGACGAUUGGCUGAAAAUCGCCUAGCUUUAAGGUAUUUUUCAAAGGGAUCACAAGUUCGUGAUUGAUCCUUGAACAUUUCUUGUAUUUGCUUAUUUAUCUUCUCUCCUCCUCUCUCUCUCUCUCUCUUGCUCUCUCGCUCGAUUAGCUUCUAUGUGUAAGCCUGUAGAAAGUAGUUUACGUUUUAUGAAAAAGCGUCUGUGAAAACAAAAGAUAAAAAAAAACCAAAAGUGUCGAAAACAAAAAAUAACCGAGGUUUAAUGAGAUUGUUGGCUGACGAAAAUAUGGAAGAAUGUUUUUCAAGUCUAUAUUGUUACGGUUUGAGUAAAAUGGGAGUGACGAGUUGAACGGAAGACUUUUGGUUCUUCUGAUUGAAAGAAAAUGCAAAAAAACGAAAAAAAAAAAAAAAAAUAGUUGUAGCGUAGACACGUACGAGAUAAUGAAAAAUUUUAUUUCCAUAGUUUUGGAGAGGGAGAGAAGCAAGGGAAGCGAAUCGAACUUGAAAAUAAGCAGGAUAAAGUAUUAAAAAAAUGAAAAGAAAAAAAAACAACGUUCUUUGCGGUGUUCGAACCGUUAGUAUUCGUCGUUUCUCUGUUCCGCGACACUCGCCGAGAUCUCGAAUACACCGAAGUAACUAUAAUGUAAAUGCAGUCUGCUUCUUAAUAUACAUAUAGUUUCAGCGGCGAUUCGACCAACCCGACUGUGUAUUAGUUCUCGUUUGUAUAUUAAUUAAAAUGACGAAUGUCGAAGUGAACUGAGAUAACGUUAAAAAGUAAAAAAAGAAAAAAACGUAAAGAUGCGAAAAGGAAAUGAGUGGUACACGGAAUACUGAGAUAUUUGAGAUUUAAUGCUGAACCAGGCGUUGGAUCCCUUUUAGUCUUAAAUUCGUGUAGUAAUAAAUUUUUUAUUUUUUCGUUCUUCCGUUUCAAAAUGUACAAAUUGUGUUUUUUGCCACGUAAGAUUUUCAAAAGCGAUAAAACUGAAAAAGAAAAAACAGAGAGUCGUUAGCAAAAGCGCAACGAGUAGUAUCCUCAAAGAAAAAGGAAUAAAAUUACGCUACUCGCCCAUUAUUUGUUGAAUAAGUUUAAUUAUUAAAGUUGAAUGGAUAAAGAUUUAAAAAAUAGGAAAACAACGACGGCAGCAGCGCCUCGCGUAUCGUAAAAUUUACCAAACUUACCGUCGGUAUCUUCUUUAACAUCCGAUGAGAAUAUUCAUUCGGUUCCCAAUUAUAUUUGCGGUUGUUCAUUUCGUCAAUAAAUACCGAAAAUGUUAUAAUUAUA